AUGCUCAGAACCACACUCCUUUCAAGUCUCCCACUUCUUGCGUUGCUAGGCUCGGUGAAGGCUGACGAGACAGUCUUCAGAACCACAACCUACGAUGUCGUCGCCAGAAUCCCCGUGACCGAGUACGUCUGGACCAACGAUGCUGGAUCGCUCACUUCUACUCAAGUUACAGGCACUGCUACUUACGUGCCUGCUGACGAAACUGAGUCGGCCACCAUCACCAGCUCCACCAAACCUCCAGCUCUUCUGGAGACUGUCCUGGACUUCUCGUCAUACCCAUCUGACGAUUACUCCUCGAUCUACGAGUCGGCCGUGCUGGACCCAAGUGCAGUGGCCGCUGCUCCAAGCGAGUCGGAGCCUUUGCUGUCUGCUGCUGCUGUCACCAGUGCUCCUUCGUCUUCCGCUUCACCAAUUCCCUCUGGUGACUACUUUUCGACCGGUUCAUCUUCCACCACCACCACAUUAGAGGACGGCUCCUCGGCCGUAAUUGAGUACGUUGUCUUGUACACUAAUGUGUGCUCUGCCUCGGACUACUAG